AUGUCCUACUUCACUCUUCUCUUUUCAGCCCUCAGCAUCCUAAGCAGCUUCAUGCUGAGGGAGGUUACGGCUUUCACACUGCCACUUCCUGAUGACAGCGAUCCUGAGAGAUCUACGUGGGGACAGUUUCCUGAAAAUGCUCAAGAGAUUCCCCGGAGUCUGCAAAUAGAAGACUUUACUCUUCAUGUAGCCCCAACCAGUGCCCGUGUGCGCUCUCCCACCAUCCUGCGACUUCGACCCAACGUAUCAGUAGCAACAAAUCCAUUACUCCUGAAAGCCCACCUCCCCAUUCGCUUUGGGCGGGAUUCGCAGAUGACCCCAAGGGAGCGCGCUUCUAAGUCCAACAUCAACCUCCCUCAACGCUUCGGCCGGUCCUGCAAUAUGUGUGCACGGUCAGCGAACGGACCCUCGGCCACCCUCCCGCAAAGGUUUGGGAGGAGGAACAAGUUUGCUUUAGACCCUCUCCGUGCACUGGAUCUCUACACACGCACACCUGAAUCACCAUUUCCACAAGAAAAGACUCAAGUCCAAGACUACAUCUUUGAAAGAGUAGAAGACUCCGAAGAAACUGUAAAGAACACAGACUACACAGCUUUAGACUAAUAAAGUCAAAAACAACAGCUGUUUAUGACAAAUGUUUUGUUCACCACUUUUAUGAAUUUCCUACUCUCUUCAUGCAUUUACAUCUGUACUUGUCUGCUUGUAAAUUGAGUAAAUUAUGAAAAACACUAUACUGGUGACAGUGUGUUCUUAUUAUUGAUAUAUGCGUUUCAAAAGAGAUAUGUUUCGUUGUGAUGCCAUAGAAGAACCAUUUUUGUUACUCAAAGAGCCUUUCACUCAUCAGUUGCUAAAAGAAUAAUUUUAUUAAUCUAAAGAACAUUUUCCACUAUAAAAACGUUUUAUGCAAGGGAAAGGUUCCAUUGAUGGUAAAAGUUCUUCAAGGAGCCAUUGAUGCUAAUAAAGCACAAUUAUUUUUAAGAUAUCGGAACAAUGUUCAUUUC